AUGGUCUGCUCAAAAUGCCAAAAGAAACUCAAAUCCACCGAACUAGCUACUCCCGGCGUCAAACGCAAAAGUGAGAUGUACUAUGGUUCGCCAUCGACCUCUGUGGGAGGGGGCGGUGGAGAAGGUAGUAAGUCUAAGCCGACGUUAGGGAAUACGGGUAUUGGGAAGAGCAAGCUGCUUAGCUCGAAAGCUAAGAAUCCUUAUGCUGCUUAUUCGUCUUCUUGUGAGAACUGUAAGACGAAGACGGAGCAGGGGCGGAAGUUCUGCCAGCGGUGUGCUUAUCAGAAGAAUGCCUGUCCGAUGUGCGGCAAGAGUAUGGCCGGGAAGUCCAAGAAGGACCAGCCUGUCGUGCAGGGGCAGAAGUUUAAUCUGAAGUAA